AUGAAUAAGGCCUAUGACAGAGUUCGUUGGGAUUUUCUUUUUCAGGCCCUGCAUGAGUUUGGGUUUCCUCCUUAUUGGGUUAACAUCAUUCGUCAAUGUGUUACAUCAGUUUCUUAUCAGGUGUUGGUUAAUGGUGAGCCGUCUCGCUCCUUCACUCCCAAGUGUGGUUUGCGUCAAGGGGAUCCGUUAUCUCCAUAUCUGUUUGUUCUAUGUAUGGAAGUUAUGUCGGCACUAUUGCGUCGUGCGGAGCAGGAGCACCUUAUUCAAGGCAUUUCAGUUUGUAGGGGAGCUCCUUCGAUUUUGCACCUGUUCUUUGCUGAUGAUUCACUGCUGUUCUUCCGGGUUUCGCCUAGGGAGUGCGAUCAGGUGAUCUCUAUUCUUGAAGAGUUCAGCGGUUUAUCAGGUCAGGUGAUUAAUUAUCAAAAGUCUUUUGUCAAAUUUAGUCCUAAUACUCCUCAAGAUUAUCGUGAUUACUUGGCGGCCUCUCUUCGCCUUGGCCAACGAUCUUCGCUAGUGUUCUUGAUCCCGAAAUCAAUUUGUGACCGCAUUGACAGUUUAUGUCUUCGGUUUUGGUGGCGCUCUUCAGCUGCUUCGAAGGGUAUGGCUAUGGUGUCGUCUUCACUUCUUCACCUUCCUAAGGGUAUGGGAGGAUUGGGAGUCAGGAAGAUUAGCACUUUCAAUCAGGCUUUGCUAGCAAAAACUGCCUGGCGCAUUGUUCACCACCCUCAGUUGUUGGUCUCUCGUUUGUAUCAAACUCGGUAUCCUGCUCUUGCUAUUCAUCCUCCUUCGACUAGGGUGUCUUGUCCAUCUUGGGGUUUUAGGAGUCUUUCUCGGGGUUUCCAAGUGCUUGACCAAGGUAUUGCUUGGAAGCCUGGUGCGGGUUCUCGGAUUCGUAUUCUUCAGGAUACGUGGGUCUCUAUGGAUCGUAUUUCGUUUAGAUCAUCGCUGAAUGGGUUGGAUUGUCCUACCCAUGUUUCUUCUUUACUUGAUCCGCGUUCUUACGCGUGCAAUAUUGGUAUGGUUCGUCGUUUUUUCCCGGAUAAGAUUUCAUCUCAGAUUCUGGCUCUGGAGCGUCCAACCUCGAAAACGGAUGAUUUCUUAUAUUGGAAAUUUGCUCUGGAUGGGAAAUUCACGGUUCGUUCGGCUUAUGCGAUGCUUUUGUGUUCUUCUCAUCAUGCUGCUGGGGUGACUUCUCUUCCCUCUUCUUCCUGGUGGAAGCAUUUCUGGGGCUUGGAUAUCAUUCCAUGGUUUAAGCUUUUCUUUUGGAAACUGCUUCACCAGGCUUUGCCGCUGGCAACCUUCCUUUGCCAAAGAGGUUUGCCGGUUGACCCUCUCUGUUCAUUAUGCAAUCAGGACCCUGAAAGUGAUUUACAUCUAUUCCGGGAUUGUCCUUUGCUUUUGAAUCUUUGGUCAUCUGGCCCUCUUCGUAUGUUUUGUCCUUCGGUUGCUUUGGAUAGGUUUAUUCCCUGGUGUGUUCAGUUUGUUAAUAACCUGUCAUCUGGACCGUUGGGUCUGUUAGAUUGCUUCAUUUCGAUGCUUUGGGCAAUCUGGGUUUUGCGUAAUCACGCUCGGUUUCGUAAUAUCCCCCGGGACCCGGGAGCAUUUCAUGUUAUGGUUGAGGGUUGGAGAGGUCGCUGCGUUGAGGUUCGUUUGCUUCGCCGUAGUUCUAAGGAGUCUCCGUUGUUUCAAGGGAGCUCUUCCCGGGUGACUGCUAUUUUCGGGUUGUCAAAUCUGUCCGUGGGGCCUACUGGCAUUACUGUGGACAUUUGUCUUCUGUCGGAUGGGGCUUGGGUUUCUAGUAAUAAUAAUGCAGGGAUUGGCUGGAUUCUGCAGGACCCGAUUUCGUUGAUUCAACUAGGGGGCGGAGCUCAAGCUUGUGUUUUGGCUUCCGCUCUUCAGGCAGAACUGACCGCUUGUUGA